AUGAUGCUGGAUGGACACAUCCCAAAGCCGCAGUGCAACACUCUGGGCCGCGCCUGUGCAGUUGACCACCUUGAGCCGAGCGCCAAGAAGCGCGGCAGCGAGCGGCAGCUGACCAAGGACGAUGAAUCAGACGAGGAGGAGCAGGCCGUGGACCCCAGCAACUUUGCGAGGGCCAGCGAGGAUGUGAUCAAGCAGCGCAAGAUUGUCAAGGCGCGACGUGGGGGUGAGGGUGGCGGCGCCGCCAAGGCCAACCCCUUUGCCGGCAUCCAGCUGGCAGCAACCACCGCACCGCCAGCAGCGCAGGCAGCAGCAGCCAACCCGUCUGCCGAAGUGUCCCUGUUUGGCGCGGCCGGCACGCCGGCACCCACGCCCGCGGCGGCGGGCAAGGCCCAGCCUGCAGCAGCAGCCGAGCCCGGGGCGGCAACCGAGCCUGCAGCUGCUACGGCGCAGGAGGGCGCUGCCGUGGCCAGCAGCGAGCAGGCGGCGGACAAGAAGGAAGAGGGGAAGGACGCGGCAGCAGGGCAGCAGCAGCCAGAUGCAAAGCCCGCGGCGCCCAGUGGCGGCUUUGGCGCGUUUGCCAACGCUGCUGGCGGCCUCGCGUUUGGCACCUCUGGCUUUGGCAGCGCGUCGGGCGGCUUUGGCUCCCUGGUUGGGGCAAGCAGCGGCGCCGGGUUCUCAUUUGGGGCCGCCAGCGCCACGCCAAUCAGCAGCAGCAUCUUCUCAUUCACCACCACCGCCGCCCCCAGCUUCAGCUUUGCGGCAGCCAGCAGCACGGCGGCGGCAGGGGAUGCCGCGCCCGCAGCAGCUGCCGCUAGUGCCGCCGGCACCGGCGCCUCGCUGUUUGGGGCGACUCCCACAUCCGGCACGCCCAUCUUUGGCACGGCGCCAGCAGCGUCGGCCAAGGUGGAGCUUCCCGGGGAGCAGUCGGUGACCACUGGGGAGGAGGAUGAGCGCACGGUGUUCUCAGGGGAGGGCGCGCUGUUUGAGUUUGAUGCCUUGAAGCAGUGGCGGGAGCGGGGGCGUGGAGAGAUGCGGGUCAACCUGGCGCCCAGCGGCCAGGCGCGGCUGGUGAUGCGGCAGAAGGGAAACCUGCGGCUGCUCAUGAAUGCAAACCUGUGGGCCGAGAUGCAGGUGUCCAAGAUGGAGGGCGGCAAGGGCGCCACCUUUGCAUGCGUCAAUGCCGCCGUCCCGGCGGAGGAGGGCGCUGCGGGGAAGAAGGAGGAGGGGGACGGGGCUGCGCGGGAGGCCGCCGCCGCCGCAUCUGCAACGGCGGCUGCUCCCAAGCUGGCCACCUUUGCGCUGCGCAUCAAGCUGCCCGAAGUGCUGGACCAGUUUAUAGCGGCAGUUAAUGCGCACAAGGAGGGCGGCAAGAAGGAAAUCGAUGCAGACAUCCCUCUGGCCAUGGAUGAUGCUAGGCAGCAGCAGCAGCUUUCACAGUGGCUGGGCCGGCAGGCGGCGGCGCACCGCGGCACGCUCUGCUCCCUGCGCCUCAGCGGGCCGCUGUGCCUUGCCUCCGUCUUUGGCGCCAUGGCGCCAUGGGCCGCAGAGUUUGCGCUGCUGGAGACGGUGUAUCUCUGCCGCGGUGGAGCCGACUGGCAGCCGGCGGCGGCGGCGCGCACUCUGCACCGCCUCCCCAGCCUCCAACGCCUGCAGAUCAGGUUCAGCCUGAGCGAGGAGGCGCCGCCACAGGACCUGGUGUCCCUGCUGCUGCUGCCGCGCCCCGCACCGCUGGCACCGGCGGCGGCAGCUGCGGCGGCAGGCCUGCAGCAGCUGCGCCACCUGGCACUCAUCUACCCCAUCCGCUCCGUGGUGCCCCCCACCGAGGCGCUGCCGGAUGCCAUGUCCACGCUGACACAGCUGACGGCGCUGAAGAUGAAGCGCUUGCCUGUGGUGGCGGAGCCGCAGUUCCUGGGCGCCCUCACCCAGCUGCGCUACCUGCUGUGGGACCCGGCUCUGCCCGCGGACACACGCUAUGUGAUGCCUCCCGGCCUGGAGCGGCUGACCAAGCUGGAGUGUCUGUGGAUUGUGACGCAGACGCCGCUGCAGCUGCCCACCUCGCUGGCGGCCAACCUGCAGGGGCUGCACGUCAUCGGGCGCGGCUUCCACGAGGAGCAGCGCCAGCUGCUGCGCUGGGACUGGCUGGGGCCCUUCAAGCUGCUGCGCGGCAUGCGCUUGCAGGGCGUGGGGCUUGAGGCGUUGCCGCCUGAGGUCAUCGAUAAGAGCCUGCUGACCAGGCUGGACCUCAUGUGCAAUCAGCUGGAGGAGCUGCCAGCUGGCCCUUACCUCCAUGACCUGCAGCAAGUGCACCUGGGCAACAACCACCUCGCAGCCUUCCCUUCCGCUCUGCUGCAAGCCAAGAAGCUGGAGGCGCUGUACCUGGCCAACCAGAGCAGCAGCAGCGCCCGCUCGUCUCCCGGCGGCGGCAUGCCAUCCGCCGGCAGCAGCCCCAUUCGAUGCGCCGCGGGGUUCACGCGGCGCUUGGAGAUGACGGGGGCAGACGUGGAAGGUCUGCUGGCGCUGCCCUCCCUGCACACCGUCGUCAUGGGCAACCUGCAGCCGGUGGUGCGGCUGGGCGCCGCGCAGCACGACUUCACCUGGCUGCAGCGGGUGCUGAAGCGGCGGGGCGUGCGCCUGACCUCUGAGGAGCUGGCAUACCAGCUGCAGACCAAGGCAGUGUUUGAGGUGCUGCCGCUGGCGAUAGAGGAAGGCGAGGGGGAGGCAGGCGGCGCUGCGCUUGGGGCCGGCAAUGGCCAGGAGAAGGCGCCAGCCUCUGCACCCCGCCUCUCGCCCACUCACUCGCACCUCCACCACCACCACCACUUGUAG